ACCGCUUCAGCACCAGCAGCCUGCUACUCCGCGUCAGGAGGAAGCGCCGGCGCCAGAGGGAUGCCCAGCCCGAUGGCGUGUUCCACAUGGAGGUGCUCGGCACCGUCUCCACCAUCUACAAGUUUCAAGUACCUGGCCGUGCACCUGGAGCCGGGCGGCACGCUGCUGUCGCUGUACGACAAGGUGCUGCUGGAGAAGCCGGAGCAGGAGGGGUUCUUCCACCAGGAUCUGCCUCUCUUCAUCCCCCCGCCCAUCUUCUCGCGCCUCGACACCCCCGUGGACUACUUCUACCGGCCCGAAACGCAGCACCGGGAAGGCUACAACAACCCUACCGUCUCGUGCGAGAACCUGAUUGGCCUGAGCCGGGCCCGGCGCCCCCACAACGCCAUCUUUGUCAACUUUGAGGACCCCGAGGUGCCCGGGCAGCCGUUGGAGGCCGCGGUGCACACGUGGAGGCGGGUGUGCGCCAACCCCGUGGACCGGGAGGCCGAGGAGGAGCUGCGGAAGCUCUUCGACGUCCGUCCCGUGUGGUCUCGAAACGCCGUCAAGGCCAAUCUCAGCAUCCACCCGGACAAGCUCAAGGUCCUGCUGCCCUUUCUGGCCUAUUACAUGAUAACCGGGCCCUGGAGGAGCCUGUGGAUUCGCUUCGGGUACGACCCCCGGAAGGAUCCUGCCGCCAAGAUGUACCAGGUCCUGGAUUUCCGGAUCCGGUGCGGGAUGAAAUACGGCUACACCCCCAAUGACUUGCCCGUGAAGGCCAAGCGCAGCACGUGCAACUACAGCCUCCCCAUCACCGUCAGGAAGACAGCCAGCCAGCUGGUCACUGUGCAGGACCUGAAGCAGGGCCUGGGCCCCUCGGGAGCCGCCAGUGCCCGAAAAUCCGCCUCCAGCAAGUACAAGCUCAAGGACUCCGUCUACAUCUUCCGGGAUGGGGCCCUGCCGCCGUAUCGACAGAUGUUCUACCAGCUGUGCGACCUCAAUGUGGAGGAGCUGCAGAAGAUCAUCCGGCGCAAUGACGGCACGGAAACGAGCUGCACAGAGCGGGACGGCUGGUGCCUCCCCAAGACCGGUGACGACCUGCGGGAUGCCAUGUCCCUCAUGAUCCGCCAGACCAUCCGUGCCAAGAGGCCGGCCCUGUUCUCCAGCCCGGCCAAAGCUGAGGGCAGCCAGGACCAGCCGGCCUACGAGUGCGGGGAGGACGGGGAAGACGGGGAGGACGAAGAGGACGAGGAAGAGGACUUCAAGCCGUCAGACGCGAGUGACAAUGAGAUGGAGACGGAGUUGCUGGACUAUGUGUGACUUGCACGUGGACCCUGCUGAUGGGGGGACCCUGUGGAAAGCCCACGGGGCGCUUGGGACAGGCCAGUCCUGCCUGACACUUGCUCCCUGCAGUGCUAAGCC